AGAGGAGACACACUGGAAGAUUGCUGUAGUGGAGAUAACAAUAUUACAGAAUGGAGCCCGAAUCUCAUAAACUCUACCAUGUACACAGCUUCCACUCCCGGAAUUUCUUAGACACUUUUUUUUCAAGUAAACCAGAAAUGCCCUUUACUUAUGAGGGUUUAAGGUAUCCUAUGGAGAAAUUUCAGAAUGCAUUUUCCACAGGUAACUUUAAAGGAGACAUGUUGAUUGACAUCAGUGUUGGUCCCAUCAUUCACCAUCUCUAUGAAGCGCAGGAAUAUUUCAGAGAUAUCAUCCUCCUAAAGCCUACUGAGCACUGUAUUGUAGAAGUGAAAAAAUGGAUCAACAGCCGAACCGGAGCAUUUGAUUGGUCACACGCCUCUACAAUUGCUACAGAAGUGGCAGGAAAGAGUGACCAAUGUGAGGAGAAGGAAAUUGGACUCAGGAAGGUAAUUACACAUGUUGUAAAAUUCGAUCUCAACAAGGAAAAUCUCACAGACCCAAUUGGGCUUCCACAAGCCGACUGCCUGGUGCUCAGGAGUAUUCUGGAAGCCAUCAGCAAAGACCUUGAUGGUUUUGUGAGGAACCUCAAAAGAUUCUCAAAGCUUCUGAAACCUGGUGGGAACUUGAUGUUUUAUGGAGUUUUAAAUUGCACAUUCUAUGUGGUUGGGGGGGAGAGGUUCCAUGCUGUAAAGUAUAAUGAAAGCGACUUGAGAAGUAUGCUCAGUAAUGAAGGGUAUGUUAUAACCCAGUUUGAGAUUUUCCAAAGAAAGUCUGAGAGUGAUCUGAUUGAUUUUGAUUCAAUUGUGUUCUGUACAGCUUAUAAAGAACAGAAGCUUUAGACCCUAUUCACGACAUUGCAAUUAUUACAAAGUGAAAACGCAUUUUAAUCAAACAGCAUAAUGUGCUUUUGUUGCAAUUUUAAUGCAUAAAGCUAAAAUGUAAUGCAAAGCAAAAUGUGGGCUACGUGUUACUUGAGUGCAUUUUACAUGCAUUUUCUUCCUGCAAAAUCUGCCAUGUGACUUUGAAGCAUGUACAAAUUAAAAUGCAUAUUGUUUUUUUUGU